GUUCUGCAGCUAAUGGGACUUAUUGAAGAUAGUGAUGACAGCGAUGAUGACUUAGAAACUAUUUUACUUUCAACAUUAAUGCCAACAACAGUGAAACGUUGCCGUCUGAACCUCAAUGAUAUUUCUGAAGAUGAUUGUGAGACUAUGUUCAGGUUUCGGAAAGAAGACAUGAAACGUUUAUCCGAAGCACUAUUGCUUCCAGAAUACUACAGGUGCCAUCAAAGGACAAUGAGCACGUCAAUGGAAGCACUGAUGAUUUUGCUGAGGCGGCUGGCAUAUCCGAACAGGUGGUGCGACCUUUCAGGCAUAUUUGGCAGGCCAGAACCAGAGAUGAGUUUAAUAUUUAAUGAGAUUGUGAAUGACCUCUAUAAUCGUUUUUCUUUCUUGUUGACACAACUGAACCUGGCUUGGCUGGAUCCACAAAUCUUUUGUGAUGCUAUACAUGCAAGAGGUGCACCAUUAAGAAACUGUUGGGGGUUCAUAGAUGGAACUGCAAGACCAAUCUGCAGGCCCAUUUUUAGCCAAAGGAUUAUGUUUUCUGGACAUAAAAGAACACAUUGCAUAAAAUUUCAGUCGGUGGUUACCCCAAAUGGUUUAAUAUGUAACCUGUUUGGCCCUAUUGAAGGCCGGCGGCACGAUGCAUUCAUGUUAACAGCUAGUGGACUACUGGAACAACUACAGCUACAUAUGAAUAAUGAAAAUGGUGAGCCGUUCGUACUUUAUGGGGACCCAGCAUAUCCAGUCAGGAGCCAUUUACUAGCACCAUUUAGAGGAGCACAGCUCUCACCAACACAGCAGCAGUUCAACCGACACAUGAGCUCAGUAAGAACAAGUGUUGAGUGGGGAUUUGGGAAAAUUGUUCAGUACUUUGCUUUCAUGGACUUUUCCAAAAACCUAAAAGUUCUACUACAACCAGUUGGAAAGCUUUAUUGUGUUGCUGUUCUGUUAACGAAUUGCCACACAUGUUUAUAUGGAUCACAAACAGGACAUUUUUUUGGAGUGGAUCCACCACAGUUAGAAGCUUACCUCAGAAAUAUGUAA